AUGGCAAAACUCACGCGCCCCCACACCACGGCCACUGGCCAGCUAAGCCGUCAGAAGACGGAGCCAGGUCUGGCUUUGGGCCCUAUCUCGCGCAGCGGCGCGUUGCAGCACGCAGCGCAAAGCAUAAUCCCGACACCGGUGAUGGUGAUCUACGGGCCCUUCUCUGCAAAACCAGCCACUGCGCCCUAUGGGGACAGGAAGCUACGUACGGCUGGAACCAUGUCGAAAGCGAAUUUGACAGAUCUCGAGGAGGAAGAUGCCCUCGCCAAGGAAGCCGCUCUGAAGGAGCAGGUCUCCAGAAGCGAGGCAAAAGAGGCGCUGGACGCGGCCAUGGCCGCUCAGGACACGGCGCAGCUAGAGGCAGCGAUCGAGCUGUCCAGAAGAGCGGGCACACCCAGCUCACGACUCGUCAAGGCUGAAUUUCAGUUGCAGAAGCUCUACAUGCAAGAGAUGGUAGAGAGGGCCGCUGCCUCCCACGAUGCAGAAACGCUGCGGUCUGCGGUGAUGCGGGCUUCGCGUCUGGGCAUCGACUCCGCCACCUUGGCGGCGGCGAAGAAGCGCCUUGAAGUCCUCACCACCGAGGAGAUGCUCAGAAUAGCAAUGCGUAACAACGUGACUGGGCAUCUGCAGAAAUGCAUCGAUAUGGCAGUCUUCAGAAAAGCGGAUGAUGAGCUGAUCAAGCAGGCGCAAUCCCUGCUUGAGAAGUCGACCGCCGAGCGUGCCCUCAUAGCGGCGAUGAACAGCAGGGAGGUCGACAAGCUGACGCAGGCCGUUGAGGAUGCGGUGAGUGCUGGGCUACCUGCAGCCGACAUCGAGGAAGCGAAGCAAAUCCUUGCCGUCGAGCAAGAAAAGGCCAAGGAGCGCGAGAACAUCAAGGAGAAGCCGCCCAAGGACGAGGUCGAAGAGCGCCUUCGGACGGCCAUCAACCUCCAGGAGACUGGAGCGCUGCUGAAAGCCAUCAAACUCGCAAAGCGCUCAGAUGAAGCCGUGAGGCUCAACCCGGAGUAUGCAGAGGGGCGCAGCACCCACGAGGAGUCCAUCAAAGAGGCGGAGCACCUCGUGGUCAUCCUCGAGGUGGACAUGCAGCUUCCGCGGGCCAUUCGCAGCAAAGAUCAGCAGAAGCUGAAAGCCGUGUUGACGAAGGCGAAGACCUGGCACAUUGAGACCGAAGAGGUGGAGCAAGGCGAACAGCUGCUGUCGAAGAUCCAAGCGGACGAGAACCUCCGCCUGGCCAUCGUCUCGAAAAGCGAGGAGCAGCUGGUCGCGGCACUGGAAGAGGCCAACAAGAGCGGCGCAGAGCGCCAGAGGAUCCUCAAGGCCGAAGCCGCUCUGGCGCUGCUCCGAGGGCUCCGGGAACUCCGGGAAGCCAUCGAGAGCAAGGACCCAGACUGGAUGGAGCAGGCCAUACAGCAAGCGAAGGAAUCAGGCGUCCCAAGGACUGAGAUCAGCAAAGCUGAGGGCCUGUUGAAGUCGCUGACGCGGAGCGUGCCCGUCAGUCGAGUGGGGAGCAAGUUCGUGGAAGAGGAUCGGCCACCUUUAAGCCGACUGGGAAGCAAAUUCGUUGAGGUCGAGCCGCCGAUGGUGGCCUAG